GCUUUUUGAUUGGAAUCCCGCUGUGUUUUUCACUCACUCCUGCUCAGUUUGCACGAGUACACAAGUGGGGGGAAACACUGACUCCUUUAACUCUGGGCUGUGCCAGAUGCAGCAAAGAUUCCUGGAAUGGGAGUGAAGGAAUUUUCAAUUUGCUGAUGCAAAAAGCGAACCUCCAAAUAUUGUCAAAGGUUUUCGAUUCUUUGAAGAGUUCUGAAUUGGAGGAAAACAACCUGGCCUUUUUUUUUUUGACGCACUAACAAGUGUUGAAGAUUUAUUCUGGGGAGGGGUAUUUUUUGGGGGGGUUUUUUUGUUACAAUGUCUCACUUGUCCAGUUUGACUGUGGAAGAGUCUGAAGGGAAAAUGCAGCCCAGAUACCUGAACAAGGCGGUGUGUAAGAGUUUGUUUGGAGCGGUGGAUCACGAUGAACUGAGGAGAGAUCUGAAAAAGCAACUCAAAGAAAUCAAGAAGUCCCACUGCCAGAGGUGGAACUUUGAUUUCGAGAACCACAACCCCCUGACCGGCAACUACAUCUGGGAAGCUUUCGACACGCGGGACCUGCCCAGCUUUUACCGGAAUCCCUCUCCAUCCCUCCCCGUCACCCCCGACACUAGGUGCGACCUAGAGGCCACCAGGAGGCUUGAGAGCAGUGGGAAGGCGAAGACAAACGGCGCAAACAACCGGAAAAACCGAGCCAAAGCCCCCAGGAACAGAAAGCGGGAAAUCCCAGCCCCCAUCACAGACUUCUUUCCAAAGCGCAAGAGGAUAGUCGGUUCCAAGCAGUUGAUUCCCAGGAUCAGGACGCCAAGGAAAAGGAUUCGGUAAAAUAUACAGGGAUGAGCUGGGAAGUGAGUGGAGAGAAAGAGAGAGAGAGAGAAGAGAUACUUUUCGCAUUGGGUAUUUCAAUAAACUCAUGGCCUUGAGACACCUUCUACCAAGAUCAAAGUUAAUCAGAUCCUGAACAUGAUAACACCUGAAUGGAGUCUCCAUGAGCAAAGGACAGCUUCAAACCGCAUGCAUUGGGAAUCGAUAAGGCUUCUGGAUUGUGGAAACCUGAAGCACUGUCAUUCCAACUAGAUUUUCCAUGGAUGCAGAACCUUUCAGGACACACUCUGCACACUCGAAAGCACAGGGCACAGAAAAAUCCCUCACUGUAUUCACACUGAACACUCUCAAGGUCAUUAACAGCUGAAUCUGUUGCCUUUGCACGAUUGGGAGUUAGAAAGCUAGCUUGCUGUCUCAUCAUGAGUCAGGGCGAAACUAUUGUGAAUAUCUAUACUCCAAGGUGGCUGGUGUGGGGCACAGGGGGGAGUGGACAAAUUCUGCAGCAUGGCAUGCACCUUGCACAGUUAACACUAAGGCAGUGCCACCCUGCAUCUAACCUGGUGCUGUACUUGACCCGAGAAUCCUGAGCUGCAGUUCUACUGCAGGUAGUGUUUGCAGAGUUUCUGUGCAAUAUGUGUCGGCAGACCAACUUGAGUGUGAGUGGCACUGAGCUGGAAUGCUGUGGGUGGGAACUUCUGCACAAACUGCAUUCUAACCCUCUGUCUGUAUCCUAGCAUUAGAGAGGUUCUAUGUCACAGUAAACAAAAAAAGCUCACUGGCGCUGGCAGUACCUGAGACAUGGAGCUUUGUAAUGGACUGGAGUUAUAUUGCAGCCACAAUGAGCUGCAAGUGGCACGAGUCAGCCUGCUGGGAGGCGGGGUUGGGUGGUGGUGGGGUGUGUCCAGUAGUCCUUGCCUUCAGUCCACUCAGAUAUCUGACAAAAUUGGUUAAGCAAAUUGGUUCUUCAUGUUCAUACAAAGCUACAUCUCAUCAGCCCUUGAGCCUUUGAUAUGGACACUGGAGGUCUGAUAUUGGCACUGCCUGUCACUGACGUUCACCACCUUGGUGAGGAGAUACACCAAUAGAAUAUAGCUCUGAGGUCCAGCACUGGGACAUUUCAAAGAGACCCCAGCGCUGGCUCAGCAGGGACUGUGACAAUGUGAAAAAGCCCCUUAAGGUUCCAUGUGACCCAUGGGAACAAGGGAAAACAGAUCUUGUAAACUGCAUGUGUCCAAAAAUAAUUAACCCUAUGAUGUACAAACUUACAUAUGAACAAACGAAUCAGGAGCAGGAGUAGGCCACUAGGCCCCUUGAGCCUGCUUCACUGUUCAAUAAGAUCAUGGCUGAUCUGAUUAUAACCUCAACUCUACAUUCCUGCUCACUCCUGAUAACCUUUCACCCCCUUGCUUAUCAAGAAUCUAUCUACCUCUGCCUUAAAAAUAUUCAAAGACUUUGCUUUCACCAUCUUUUGAGGAAGAGAGUUCCAAAGAUUCACGACCCUCUGAGAGAAAAAAUUUCUCCUCAUCUCUGUCUUAAAUGGGUGACCCUUUAUUUCUAAACAGUGACCCCUAGUUCUAGAUUCUCCCACAAGAGGAAACAUCCUCUCCACAUCCACUCUAUCAAGACCCCUCAGGAUCUUGUAUGUUUCAAUCAAGCCACCUUUUCCUAUUCUAAACUCCAACAGAUACAAGCCCAGCCAGUCCAACCUUUCAUCAUUAGACAACCUGCUCAUCCCUCUGGAACACCAGAACUCAGCAAAAGUCAAACUCAACAAUAGGGAUCUUUGUACAAACUUCUGUAAAAUAGGGGAAAAAAUGACUUUAUAAGUUAUAUUAUUGUGUGUAAAGUUGCAUACAUUUCAUUUAAAAAUGAUUGUAACUGAUGUUGCAGAACGUUUAGAGAAGUUGUGUAUAAUUUAGAUUCAUUUUUGUUUGCAUGUGAAUUCUUAGGAUAAUGGAACGCUGACCCUGUGCAAAAUCAUUUUAGCAGUUGCCAUCUUGAUGGGAUUGUAAUUAAAUAAAACAAAUUAAUUUUUUAAA